AUGAUUAAUAGCUUAGAACCAAAAAUAGCUUGCUCUUAUAACCCAGAUCACUUGGUAAACCCUGCGAGAUUGCUUUGGCAUUACACAAAGUGCCCAGAUCGAAAACACAUGAGUCAAAUGUUCAAGAUUUGCCCUUACAACCCAGCACACCAUAUUCCCAACUGUGAACUGUACAAUCACAUGAAGCGCUGCCCAAACGCGAAAGUUCAACUUAAGUUGAAUUUCAGAAAUGAUGAAGAUCCAUGGGGUUAA